AUGGGAAAAUCCUCCAAAGACAAGCGCGACGCCUACUACCGGCUCGCCAAAGAGCAAGGCUGGCGCGCAAGAAGUGCGUUCAAGCUUCUGCAGCUUGACGAAGAAUUCGACCUCUUCUCAAACGUCUCCCGCGUCGUCGAUCUUUGCGCCGCCCCGGGCUCCUGGUCGCAAGUCCUCUCGCGCGUGCUCAUCAAGGGCGAGAAGUUUGGCCGCUCGGCAUGGCAGGAUCGCGACGCCAAAGUCCGCCAGCAGAUGCUCGGCGUCUUCCCCGAGGCCUUCACAGCUGAGCAGAAGGAGGCUAUAGAAAAAGAGACGAGCCAUGAUGCCGCGCAAAACGGAGUGGAAACAACAGCAGCCAACCCAGACGUCAAAAUCGUCUCCAUCGAUCUCCAGCCUAUUUCUCCCCUCGCGGGAAUCACAACUCUUAGAGCAGACAUUACGCAUCCUGCAACGGUCCCUCUCCUCCUCUCUGCCCUCGACCCGUCUUACGAUCCUGCAACCGCAGCAGGGACACAGGCGCAGCACCCUGUCGACCUCGUCCUCAGCGAUGGCGCCCCCGACGUCACGGGCCUGCACGACCUCGAUAUUUAUGUCCAAUCACAGCUCCUCUUCGCGGCGCUUAAUCUUGCGCUUUGCGUGCUGAAGCCGGGCGGCAAGUUUGUCGCCAAGAUCUUCCGGGGAAGGAACGUGGACAUCCUAUACGCGCAACUCAAGAUAUUCUUCGAAAAGGUCAUUGUGGCGAAGCCCAGGAGUAGCAGGGCGAGCAGUGUCGAGGCGUUCAUCGUGUGCCUGAACUUCCGGCCGCCGGCGGGUUUCCAUGCAAGCCUGGAGGAGCCGCUCGGGGUAGGGCAGCGAUUGGAUAGGCUGGUGAAGGAGCGGGAUAUGCAGCUACCCAUUGUCGCUGAAGCAACCAUGCAGUCAAACAGGGGGACAUGGGACUGCAGCGUCAAAUCAGCGCCAGCGACAUCACACGAGGGCGGAAUCACAGAGGUGGAAGUUUACGACGAGACGGAGGGCAACCAUAAGGAGAAUGGAGCAAGAUGGAUUGCACCUUUUAUCGCUUGCGGCGAUCUAUCAGCUUUUGACUCCGACGCUUCCUACCAGUUGCCUGAAGACUAUGUCUCGCUAGAUCCCGUCCAGCCUCCUAUUGCGCCGCCUUACAAGAGAGCUCUCGAGAUGCGGGCUGGCCAAUCUAAAACUACCAGGUAG